UGGGAUUUUAUCCUUUCGACAAGUUUUGUUUUUUUUUUAGUUCGCAAAAUCUCCGUUUCACCGGAAUCAGCAGCUCCGUAGACUACGGACCGUAGUGUUGUCGUCUGGUGAAAGGAGACGUAUCCGAAAAAAUCUCCAUGACUAUUAUUCAUUCUGUGUUUGUCAUCGUGUUUUGUUAGUCUAGUCACAGCUUGGUCCACUUCGAAAUGUGAUAUUGCUCUUUGCUUGGCUUAGUAUUGAAAAACAAAAAAAAGAUGGCAGCUUUACUCUGCUCCACGAGUCUGUGCGGCGACAUAACGGUCAGUGACACUUUCCUCUUUAGUAACAUCAAAGAGAAAUCUCCUCGAAAACGCACUAGUUUGGUCAAUGUCGGAUUAAAGUUCCACACUUUAAAGCUCGGGUCUGUCUUUCACCACCGCAAGAAACAGAGGAAAUGUAGCGUAAUAGUCUCCACGAAAGGCUCUGACUUUUCUGUUUCUACGAUAAACAACAACAAGAAGAGGACAUUGAAAUCUUCAGGUGAGAAAGAAGAAGAAGUCGCCAAGGUCUUAAAGUCGCUUCCCGAUACCGACUCCGCCUUUUCGUAUUUCAAAGAGGUAGCCGAGAGUUCGAGACUAGCUCACACCACCGAGACUUGCAACCACAUGCUCGAAGCUCUGAGGGUCGACGGGAGGAGGAGAAUCGAGGAGAUGGGUUACGUGUUCGAUUUGAUGCAGAAGAGAAUCAUCAAGAGGGAUGCAACUACUUUCUUGACUGUGUUCAAGUCUCUCUCUGUGAAAGGAGGGUUGAGGCAAGCGCCUUACGCGCUAAGGAAGAUGAGAGAGUCUGGUCUUUUCUUGUUGAAUGCGUAUUCGUACAAUGGGUUGAUUCAUCUUCUGGUCAAGGCCAGGUUCUGCACAGAGGCGAUGGAGGUUUAUAGAAGCAUGGUCUCUGAUGGUUUUAGGCCUAGCUUGCAGACUUACUCUACGCUUAUGGUAGGGUUAGGGAAGAGAAGAGAGAUUGAUGGUGUGUUGGGUUUGCUUGAAGAGAUGGAGACGUUGGGGUUAAAGCCUAACGUCUACACGUUUACUAUAUGUAUCCGUGUGCUUGGUAGAGCGGGGAGGAUUGAUGAAGCGUAUGAUAUACUGAAGAGGAUGGAUGAUGAAGGAUGUGGACCUGAUGUGGUUACCUACACUGUUCUUAUUGAUGCUCUUUGCACCUCUGGGAAGCUGGAUUGUGCUAAGGAGGUUUUCGCAAAGAUGAAGACAGGGAGACACAAACCUGAUCGUGUGACUUAUAUCACUUUGCUUGAUAGGUUUAGUGAUAACAGAGAUUUGGACUCAGUGAGGCAGUUUUGGAGUGAGAUGGAGAAGGAUGGUCAUGUACCUGACGUUGUGACCUUCACCAUUCUAGUGGACGCUCUGUGCAAAGCUGGGAGCUUCGGUGAAGCGUUUGAUACGUUGGAUGUGAUGAGGGAGCAAGGCGUCUCGCCGAACUUGCAUACGUACAACACGUUGAUCUGUGGUCUACUGAGAGUUCACAGGUUAGACGAUGCGCUUGAGCUUUUUGGUAGUAUGGAGUCUUUUGGUGGUGUUAAGCCUACUGCCUAUACGUACAUUGUCUUCAUCGAUUACUACGGAAAGACUGGAGAUUCCGUCAGUGCUCUCGAGACUUUUGAGAAGAUGAAGAGCAGAGGAAUAGCUCCGAACAUCGUAGCGUGUAACGCGUCUCUCUACAGUUUAGCUAAAGCAGGAAGAGACCAAGAAGCAAAGCAGAUCUUCUACGGAUUGAAAAACAUCGGGCUUGCACCUGACUCGGUGACCUAUAACAUGAUGAUGAAGUGCUAUAGCAAAGUUGGGGAGAUAGACGAAGCCAUCAAGCUGCUUUCCGAGAUGAUUGAGAACGGUUGCGAGCCUGAUGUGAUCGUUGUUAACUCUCUGAUCAACACGCUUUACAAAGCGGAUAGAGUAGACGAAGCGUGGGAGAUGUUUACGAGAAUGAAGAAGGAGAUGAAGCUCAAGCCAACGGUUGUGACUUACAACACGUUGCUCUCAGGUUUAGGCAAAAACGGAAAAAUUCAAGAAGCGAUAGAACUGUUCGAGGGGAUGGAGGAAAAAGGCUGUCCACCUAAUACGGUGACGUUCAACACUCUCUUGGACUGUCUUUGCAAAAACGACGAGGUGAUGCUGGCCUUGAAGAUGUUCUUCAAGAUGAGUUGUGUCCCUGACGUUUGUACUUACAAUACUAUCAUCAAUGGUUUGAUAAAGAACGGUCUAGUCAAAGAGGCAAUGUGUUUCUUCCACCAGAUGAAGAAACUGGUGCCUCCUGAUUUUGUCACCCUCUGCACUCUUCUUCCAGGUGUUGUCAAGGCUGGUUUGAUCGAAGAUGCUUACAAAAUCAUCACCAGCUUUCUCCGCAGCUGUGCAGACCACCCGGUUAAUCUCUUCUGGGAGGACUUGAUGGGAUCCGUCUUGGCUGAAGGUGGAAUAGAGAAGGCCGUUUUGUUUUCUGAGAGAUUGGUUGUUGAUGGAGUUUGUAGAGAUGGUGAAUCGAUCCUGGUGCCGAUGAUCAGAUACUCUUUAAAACAUGGUGAUAAUCCCUUAGGUGCUAGAACGUUAUUUGAGAGAUUCACAAAAGAUCUUGGUGUUCAACCAAAGGUUCCGGUUUAUAAUCUGCUCAUCGGUGGGCUUCUUGAAGCUGAUAUGAUCGAAGCAGCAGAGGAACUGUUCCUGGAGAUAAAGAGCACUUGCAUCCCUGAUGUUGCUACCUACAACUUCUUGCUUGAUGCUUAUGGAAAGUCAGGAAAAUUAGACGAACUCUUUGAGAUGUACAAAGAGAUGUCUUCCCAUGAGUGCAAUAAACCAAACACUAUCACUCACAACAUUGUCAUGUCCGGGCUGGUGAAAGCUGGGAGUGUAGACGAGGCUCUUGAUUUAUACUAUGACCUUAUCAGCGAUGGAGACUUCUCUCCAUCUGCUUGCACGUACGGUCCACUCAUCGAUGGCCUCUCCAAGUCGGGAAGAUUGUAUGAAGCGAAACAACUCUUUGAAGGAAUGUUGGAGUACGGAUGCAAACCAAACUGUGCUAUCUACAACAUUCUCAUCAACGGGUUCGGCAAAGCUGGUGAAGCUGAUGCAGCUUGCAGCUUGUUCAGAAGGAUGGUUAGAGAAGGAGUGAGGCCGGAUCUCAAGACUUACUCGGUUCUGGUUGAUUGUCUUUGUAUGGUAGGUAGAGUGGACGAAGCCUUGUGUUACUUCGAGGAGCUGAUGGAAUCUGGAGUAGACCCUGAUGUGGUGUGUUACAAUCUCAUAAUCAACGGGCUAGGGAAGUCUCGGAGGCUUGAAGAAGCUCUUGAGCUUUACGAUGAGAUGAAGAAGAGGAGAGGUGUGGCUCCUGAUCUGUACACUUACAACUCUUUGAUUCUGAAUCUUGGUAUCGCGGGGAUGGUGGAAGAAGCUGGGAAGGUUUAUAAGGAGAUACAGAGAGUGGGACUUGAGCCGAACGUUUUUACGUUUAACGCUCUGAUACGUGGAUACAGUUUGUGUGGAAAACCUGAGAGGGCUUACGCUGUGUACCAGACGAUGGUGACUGGAGGUUUUAGUCCCAACACAGGGACAUACGAACAGCUCCCGAAUAGAGCUUGACAAUUUUACACUAAGUGUAAGCAUCUGCACAGAACAGUUUUUUUGUCAUGUAAAGUGUAUAAAACAACAUAACGUUGUGUAAAUGGCAUGUUGUUUUUGUUUGUGUGUUUACAUGAUAUGAUGAUACGGUUACCUUCUUUGAUUAUUAGACCACACU